CGCGGUCCCGGUCAGUGUCUCCGCUUCCGCCGGCGGGGGCCGAGUACGAGCAGGCGGCUUCGCACGCAGCGCAGCGAGUCCCGAGUCCGGCGGAGCGCCGCGAUGUUUCCCAGGGAGGCGACGUGGAACAUCUCGUUCGCGGGCUGCGGCUUCCUUGGCGUCUACCACAUCGGCGUCGCCUCCUGCCUCCGCGAGCACGCGCCCUUCCUGGUGGCCAACGCCACGCACAUCUACGGCGCCUCGGCUGGGGCGCUCACGGCCACCGCGCUGGUCACCGGCGCCUGUCUGGGUGAGGCUGGUGCAAACAUCAUCGAGGUAUCUAAGGAGGCCCGGAAGCGGUUCCUGGGCCCCCUGCACCCCUCCUUCAACCUGGUGAAGACCAUCCGCGGCUGUCUGCUGAAGACCCUACCUGCUGACUGCCAUGAGCAUGCCAGCGGGCGCCUGGGCAUCUCCCUGACUCGAGUCUCAGAUGGCAAGAACGUCAUCAUAUCCCACUUUAGCUCCAAGGAAGAGCUUAUCCAGGCCAACGUCUGCAGCACCUUCAUCCCAGUGUACUGCGGCCUCAUCCCUCCCUCCCUCCAGGGCGUGCGCUAUGUGGAUGGCGGCAUCUCGGACAACCUGCCCCUCUAUGAACUCAGGAACACCAUCACAGUGUCCCCCUUCUCGGGCGAGAGCGAUAUCUGCCCGCAGGACAGCUCCACCAACAUCCAUGAGCUCCGGGUUACCAACACGAGCAUCCAGUUCAACCUGCGCAACCUCUACCGCCUCUCCAAGGCCCUGUUCCCCCCUGAGCCCAUGGUGCUGCGAGAGAUGUGCAAGCAGGGCUACCGCGACGGCCUACGCUUCCUGCGGCGGAACGGCCUCCUGAACCAGCCCAACCCGUUGCUCGCACUGCCCGCCGCCCACCCCGAUGCCCCUGAGGACGAGGACGCUGAGGCAGACCCACAGAGGGCCCGCGUGGAGGGCCACUUGCAGCUGCCCCGGGAGGAUCACAUCCUGGAGCAUCUGCCUGCACGGCUUAAUGAGGCCCUGCUGGAGGCCUGUGUGGAGCCGAAUGACCUGCUGACCACUCUCUCCAACAUGCUGCCUGUGCGUCUGGCCACGGCCAUGAUGGUGCCCUACACUCUGCCGCUGGAGAGUGCCAUGUCCUUCACCAUCCGCUUGCUGGAGUGGCUGCCUGACGUUCCCGAGGACAUCCGGUGGAUGAAGGAGCAGACAGGCAGCCUCUGCCAGUACCUGCUGAUGCGGGCCAAGAGGAAGCUGGGCAACCACCUGCCUUCCAGGCUGUCGGAGCAGGUGGAGCUGCGUCGUGCCCGGUCGCUGCCCUCUGUGCCACUGUCAUGUGCCUCCUACAGUGAGGCACUGCCCAGAUGGCUGCCAAACAGCCUCUCGCUAGGGGACGCGCUGGCCAAGUGGGAGGAGUGCCAGCGCCAGCUGCUGCUGGGUCUCUCUUGCACCAAUGUGGCCUUCCCGCCGGAUGCCCUACGCAUGCGCACCUCUGCCAGUCCUGCCCCUGAGCACCCGCAGCACCCACCUGGCAUGCCCCCUUGCUGAGUGCCCUUGUUCCAGCCUUCCGCAGCACCCCUGGGUUCCGGUGCUGAGGGCCAGGCGCCCUAGCUUCCCUGCCCCGUGUCCUGGGGUCGGCUGGGACCCUCAUCCCUGGUCUCUCUCCAUUCUCCCCAUGGAGCAAGGAGAUGGGGGCCCCUCACAGCUCUGAAAAGGGGGCUUUGCUGUCAGCUUCUUCCACCGACCACUCAUUGGGCCGUCACCUACACCUUGACCUCCCCUCCCAGCUUCCCCGCCAGGGCAAGGGAGAGCAGAGGCCUGGUGAGGGCGCCUGGGGGCUCCAGGAUGUGCGACCACUGCCUGAUGCCCCCAGCGUCAGUGCAGUAUUACUCGUGAGAACUUUGCACCUGCUCCUCUCCCUGCAAUUCAUGUUUUGCUAAAAAGUUUGUGAAAAAUUAUUUAUUUUUGCCAAAGCAGAUGUAAUAAAUGCUACCGCUCAG